AGUUCUAUGAUCGCACCAUCCACUGAUCUCUAUGACAAUUAGAGAUCAGUGGCACCAUCUUUCAAGAUGGCGACUGCGAUAAUUUGUCGGCUGUUGAGGUCGCCAAAGAGCCGCACAUCGCUGGCGUUUGUCACCGUACACUAACUAAUAAUUUUUUUUUUUUUUAAUUCAGCAAGUGAAACUAAGAUUGAGAAACUCCGAGAUUUUCCUCUCAUAUCUGCGGGGGACGGUCUCGAGCCCAUGGUUUUGUUAAUGGCGACUGCAGGAGAAACCGGAGAAGCAGCAGACGACGACGUCUUCGACGAAACUGCAGAUACGUCGCGGAUCGCUGAAGUGGAGUGGCAGCGACUUAACGAUGCCUGCACGAAGGAGGGUCUUCGUGAGGGCCUGUCAGAGGGCAAGGAGGCGGCAUUGCAGGCUGGCUUUGACCGCGGCUUCCGGGAGGGUUUCCAGCUGGUCCGUCACGUGUCCCUUUGGAGAGGUCUGGUCAGGGGUGUCUGCAGCUUCUCAGAAGACAGCAGGGGCCCGCUGGGGGAGCUGGCAGACCGGCUGGCAGUCUUGGAACGGGACCUGCUUGCGGGACAGGCCUCCGACGGCCGGGUUCACCAAGCCCGCAGGGACGUGGAGGCCGCCCUCCGCGAGCACCAGCUGCCCCAGCUGUGCCAGGCGCUAGACGACGCCUAGCGGGUACCACCUACUCGAAAAUACCAGGGUCUCUUACUGCCGGCAAGUUCCCAUCUUGGGAGAUCCGUCGGCCUACAACAGAACUGGUCUGGUGACAGGUUGUGCUCCUGGGCUGCCUCGAAGACAUCUUCUAAAAGUCUGAAGCCUCCAAUUAGAAUGACCCCCAAAUUGGGGCCUGAGCCCAGAGUCCUCGACCUCCAGCAAACCUCCCUUUUGGAAGAUUUAUUGGCACACCAUAGAACUACUUCGUUGACAGGGUGUGCUUCUGGACUGUUUUGGAGAUGUUCUUCAGACAGUGCACCAGAACUGCCUGAAGUCUCAAGAGCAGAAAAAAUCUUGAGAAUGGGGCCUGAGCCGAAGCCUUUUGAGUAAAACAGUCCUCAGGUUGGGACCCGAGCCAGUGGGCUACUGUCAGCAAGAUGCCAACACAGACUUCAUGUGCAUCUGUGCCACCAUACCAGUGUUCAGAGACGUGCCAAUCGGGGAGAGGGCUGCUAGAUGCUGAUUCCUGGAACAGGACUGCUCAAUUGAUCAGCAAAGGCACCUGCUCGAAGACACCAGGUUCUCUUUCCUGCCGACACGGCACCAUCUCGGAAGAUCCAUCGGCCUACCAUAGAGUUGAAUCGGUGACAGGGUGUGCUGCUGGACUGCCUCGGAGAUAUCCUUUAGAUGGUGUGCCAGAACUCUCUGAAGCCUUCUAGUGGAAAGAUCUUUAAAUUGGGGCCUGAGCCAGUAGGCCACUUUCAGCCUGAUGCCAAGACAAACUUUUGACGCGUGUCUUUGCUACCAGACCAAUAUUCAGCAACAUGCCGGUUAGCACAAAAGGUGCUAGAUGCUGACCCUGGAAUAGGGCUGCUCAAUUAAAUGGAUACUACAAUGAAA